UCUCUCUCUCUCUCUCUCUGAACAGUAAGUUGUCCUUGCAUAAAUACUAUAUAACAUACACUGAGUCUGCACUUUUGAAAAUCUGUGUUUCUCUUUCUUUCUCGAAGUCAUAUAUCUCACAAUCAAAUAUUUUUCAUGGCUUCUUCUCCUGGUUUUUAUCGACUAGAAAUGGAUCACCAUGAAAACGACAACAAUGUUCUUAUGUCGUCUCUAGAUGCUGAAACUGUAGAGUGUUCACUAGACAUGGAAAAUGGACAUGCAAGUAUUAGCAAGUUUUGGGAUGAUAGAAAUGAUGUUUUCCUGACAUGGGAAGAUCUUGGGGUGUCAGUUCCAAGUAGAAAACAUGGCUGCAAAUGUAUACUUGAAGGUCUAACAGGAUUUGCCCAACCUGGAGAAAUCUUGGCAGUCAUGGGUCCUUCUGGCUCUGGCAAAACUUCUCUUCUUGAUGCUUUGGCUGGGAGAUUGGAUUCCAACACCAAGCAGAUAGGACAAGUUAUGAUCAAUGGCCAUAAACAGCCUUUAGCCUAUGGCACGUCGGCUUAUGUAGCUCAAGAUGAUGUAAUAACAUGGACACUAACAGUUGGAGAAGCUGUGUACUACUCAGCUCAGCUUCAGCUACCCAAUUCAAUGUCAAUGGCAGAGAAAAAGGAAAGAGCAGAAAUAACUAUAAAAGAGAUGGGUUUACAAGACUCCAUGGACACAACAAUAGGAGGUUGGGGCAGCAAAGGCCUUAGUGGUGGUCAAAAAAGAAGAGUGAGCAUUUGUAUUGAGAUUUUAACAAGGCCUAAGCUUCUUUUUCUCGAUGAACCAACAAGUGGGCUUGAUAGUGCAGCUUCCUAUUAUGUAAUGAAAAAAUUGGCAUAUCUUGCUAAACAGCAUAGAAUGACAAUUAUAGCUUCCAUCCAUCAACCUGGCAGUGAAGUCUUUCAAUUCUUUCGCAAUCUAUGCCUUCUCUCUUCUGGAAGAACAAUAUAUUUUGGGCCCUCAACUGCAGCAAGUAAGUUUUUUGAAAUGAACGGUUUUCCUAUCCCAAGUCAUCAAAAUCCAUCCGACCAUUAUUUAAGAACGAUUAAUUCAGAUUUCUACGAGGACAUGGAACGAGGUUUUAGUGAAAAGAAAAACAGAGAGGAAGUGAUCAACUUGCUUGUCAGAUCUUAUAAAUCAUCUGUUACUUGCGAGCAAAUUCGAAGUCGAAUAGGGGAAAUAUGCAGCCAGGAGAGAGCAGAAUUAAGCGAAGGAAGGCACUCUAACUUCAUCAUGCAGUGCCUUGUUUUGUCGAGAAGGUCUUUUGUGAACAUGUAUCGUGAUCUGGGCUAUUACUGGCUUCGUCUGGCUAUUUAUAUCAUGUUAGGUUUAGGCCUGGGCUCAGUUUUCUACAGCAUUGGCUCUGGCUAUAGUUCAAUACAAGCAAGAGGAUCAUUGCUUAUGUUCAUUGCUUCCUUGUUGACCAUUAUGGCCAUUGGAGGUUUCCCUUCAUUUGUGGAGGACAUGAAGGUGUUUCAAAGGGAAAGAUUAAACGGGCAUUACCAUUCAAGUGCAUUUGUUGUUAGCAACACACUUGCAUCAGCACCUUACUUGCUUCUAAUAUCCAUAAUUCCAGGAGCAAUUACAUACUAUCUUGUCGGUCUCCAACAAGAAAGUGCACACUUCAUCUAUUUUGCUUUAACACUUUUUGCUUGUAUGAUGUUAGUAGAAGGCCUAAUGCUAAUUGUGGCAAGCAUUGUUCCAAAUUUCCUCAUGGGUUUAAUCACCGGCGCCGGAAUUCAAGGCCUAAUGAUGCUAAGUGGUGGAUUUUUCCGGUUACCUGGAGACCUUCCUAGAAUAUUAUGGAAAUACCCUUUGUAUUACAUUGCCUUCCAUAAGUAUGCAUAUCAAGGACUAUACAAAAAUGAAUUUGAAGGGCUAAUAUUCCCAAGUGAUCAUCAUGGAGGGCCUCCUUACAUAAAUGGUGAAGAAAUUUUGAGGGAGAUAUGGCAAGUUGAAAUGGGUUAUUCUAAAUGGAUUGAUCUUGUUAUAUUGUUUGGUAUGGUUUUUGUAUAUAGGGUUUUGUUGUUGUUUGUUCUUGAGAUUAUAGAAAAGUUUAAGCCUUUAGUUAGAGAAAUUAAGUUUGUUUCUUUCAGACAAUCAAAGAAAGAACUAACCAAUGCACAUGGUAAUAAUAAGCCACUGGAUGAUGCUAGAUAGCAAUGUUGUAAUGUCGUUUUGACGAAAGAUUAAAGAGAGGGUUUUCAUGCAUUCUUUUAAUGUAUAAAUGCUCAAUUUGAUAUCU